UCGAUCCCAGCAGGAAGCUCGAGUCACGCUGGAAGUAUCGGGCUAACAUGGAGCUGUCUACUACGUGACUCCGAACCAAAAUAGCGACAUUUAUCUGCGUUUUUUACCCCUCAACCGCGGCCUGAAAGUGUUCACAUGGACCCCAACAACCACCCGGGAAUGAAGAAUGAACUCGAGUGAAGCGGAUUGCAAGUAAAGGAGUGAAGAUGCUGAACCUCAACUCAAAGCGUCACGUUCCAGUUUUGGCAGGAGACGGCUCUAAAAUGUCUUAAUCGGAUUUUAAAGCGAGAGAACCAUGCCCCUGCCGUUCGGCCUGAAGCUCAAGAGGACUCGGAGGUACACGGUGUCGAGUAAGAGCUGUCUGGUGACGCGCAUCCAGCUGCUGAAUGGAGACUUUGUGGAGUUCACUCUGUCUGUGGAGAGCACGGGGCAGGAAUGUCUGGAGGCGGUGGCGCAGAGGCUGGAGCUCAGAGAGAUCACGUACUUCAGCCUGUGGUACUACAACAAGCAGAACCAGCAGAGAUGGAUGGACCUGGAGAAGCCCCUGAAGAAGCAGCUGGACAAGUACGGCCUGGAGCCCACCGUGUACUUCGGGGUGGUCUUCUACGUGCCCAGUGUGUGCCAGCUGCAGCAGGAGAUCACCAGAUAUCAGUAUUACCUGCAGCUCAAGAAGGACGUUCUGGACGGCAAGAUCUCGUGCUCUUUGGAACAGGCCAUCCACUUAGCCAGUUUAGCGGUGCAGGCUGCUCUGGGAGACUUCAAUCGCUACGACUCCCAGGAGUUCCUUCAGAAGUUUGACCUGUUCCCGGAAGACUGGAUUCAGGAUGAGCGAGUGCUGGAGGAGGCCACGCAGAAAGUGGCUCUGCUUUAUCAGAGAUUACGAGGACUGUCUGCCCCAGAAGCAGAGAUGUUGUAUAUGCAGGAAGUGGAGAAGACGGAGGGCUACGGACAGGAAAGCUUUCAGGCUAAAGACAGCUCUGGAGCAGACGUGACCCUAGGAUCCUGUCUGGACGGCAUCUUCGUCAAGCACAAAAACGGACGGCCUCUGCUUCUUUUUAGGUGGAGUGACAUUAACAACAUGACUCACAACAGGUCGUUCUUCGCUCUGGAGUUGUCCAGCCGAGAGGAGAGCGUCCAGUUCCAGACCGAGGACAUGGAGACGUCCAAAUACGUGUGUCGGAUGUGCCUGGCGCGCCUCAAGUUCUACAAGAUAAACAAGAGCUCUCUAGAGGAGUGUGAGCCGCCGCCUCAGAAGUCCCUCCUCACUCUCUCACUCCCCCGUUUCCCCACGCUCUCCCGACCCUCUCUGGCGUCUGACAAGGGCCAAACCCAGCCCACAGUGAACCCGGUGAGAAGGAGAUCCUCCACGAGACUUUCUCUGCCUAAGCCCCAGGCCUACAUGAUGCCCCCUCAGAUGCACUACAACGGGCACUUCACCGAACCCUACACCUCCUCACAGGAUAAUCUGUACAACAGUCAGAACGGUUACUACUACCACUCCCAGACGAGUCUAGACUGCCCCCCUGUGGACUACAGCGGAGGGCGUCUGCGUAACGGCAGCGUGUACAGCGCCCACAGCACCAGCUCCCUCACCAACCCCCAGCACUACAUCCAGCCCUCCCCCAUGUCCUCCAACCCCUCCAUCACAGGAAGUGACAUCACCCGGCCCGACUACCUGCCCACGCACCGCCACAGCGCCCUGAUCCCGCCCUCGUACCGCGCCACGCCCGACUACGAGAGCGUCAUGCGCCAGAAGAACCAGGCGGCGCUGGGCGGCGUGAUGUUGUCCCAGGAACACCGCCAAAGUCACUCUAUGAGAAACCUCAACAUCAGCAACUCGUACGCCUACAGCCGGCCCGACCCGCUGGUCUACAGCCAGCCCGAGAUCCACCACUACCCCUUCCACCUGGGCUCCAGCUUUCACAGCCCGUCGCCCUACCCCCACCCCACAGAGCGGCGCCCUGUGGUGGGGGCGGUGAGUGUGCCCGAGCUCACAAACGUACAGUUACAGCAGGCGCAGGAGUAUCCCGCACCAAACAUCAUGAGAACUCAAGUGUACCGCCCUCCUCCGCCCUACCCGUACGCCCACCCCCGACCCGCCAACAGCACGCCCGACCUGUCCAGACACCUGUACGUGAGCAGCAGUAACCCCGACCUCAUCACCCGGAGAGUCCACCACUCUGUGCAGACGUUCCAGGAGGACAGCCUCCCCGUGGCCCACUCUCUACAGGAAGUGUCUGAGCCGCUGUACAGUGGCCCCACCCACAGACCGCCCUACCACGUCUACAAGAGGAACUCCAUCGAGAUCGCGGGCCUGACCCACAGUCUGGAGGCCAUGAAGGUGAAAGAGAGGACCAUGUCCAGCUCUGCGGUGGAGUCUCUGUCCAUGGCCGUACAUGAGGCGCGCUCACAGGGCUCUCAGCUCAACGUGCUGCUGGAGCACUCGCACACCGAGGAGCUGAAGGAGGAGAGUCAGUACGGCCACAAGAAGUCCCCCUCUGACGCCACCAUGCUGGUGCACAGCAGCGAGGACGAUGAGGAGGAGGAGAGCGGCCGUCACACCCCUCUGUCCCACAACACCGGUGCUCAAGCCACGCCCACAGAGCCGCCCCCGGCCUACCCCACAGGCUCCGUGUUCACCGGAGCGCUGGGACACAUCUCAGAGAUAGAGGCCUGGACCAUGCCAGAGCCAGAGCCCUCUGCUGCUCAGCCCAAACUCAGGAUCAAGAAGAGACCCAUGUCCGAGGUGCCCGCAGUGAAGAAGCCUGUGGAGGGACUGCCCCCUGCGGGCAUGAAGAGGGGAGUCAGGCCGGACCAGAGGAGGGGCCCCUCACACAGGGCCCCACACCAGAACGGGCUCCUCAAGACACCCCUGCACCCGGAGGCCAAGGAAGAGCUGGAGCGGGCGUCCAACGACCAGAGGUCUCGGGAGCUGGAGCAGCACGUGGAGCAGGGCCAGGUGCUCGCCGAGUACGAGGACAUCCCCAAGCGCUGGCCGUCCGCUGAGUGCUCCAUCGCCCGGCAGCCCGAGAACGAGGAGAGGAACCGCUUCCAGGACGUCCUGCCCUACGACCACAACCGCGUGGAGCUCAUCCCCACCAAGGAGAACAACACGGGCUACAUCAACGCCUCGCACAUCAGGAUGACGGUGAGCGGGCAGGAGUGGAGCUACAUCGCCUCGCAGGGCCCUCUGCAGCACACCUGCUCAGACUUCUGGCAGAUGGUGUGGGAGCAGGGCGUCUCCAUCAUCGCCAUGGUGACGGCCGAGGAGGAGAGCGGGCGAGAGAAGAGCUUCCGGUACUGGCCUAAACUGGGCACGCGUCACCCGCACGUGACCUACGGCCGCUUCAAGAUCACCACGCGCUUCAGGACCGAGUCGGGCUGCUACGCCACCACCGGCCUCAAGAUCAAACACCUGCUGACGGGACAGGAGCGCACCGUGUGGCACCUGCAGUACACCGACUGGCCCGACCACGGCUGCCCCGACGACUUCAAGGGCUUCCUCACGUACCUGGAGGAGAUCCAGUCUGUGAGGAGACACACCAACAGCAUCAGUGACCCCAAGAGCAGCAGCAGCAGCCCUGUGCUGGUGCACUGCAGCGCCGGGGUCGGCCGCACCGGGGUCGUCAUCCUGUGUGAGGUCAUGAUCGCCUGUCUGGAGCACAACCAGCCCGUGGAGGUCCCCAUGGUGUUGGAGCAGCUGAGGCAGCAGAGGAUGCUCAUGGUGCAGACCGUGUCCCAGUACAACUUUGUGUACAAGGUGCUCAUCCAACACCUGAGGAACGCCCGCCUCAUCUGACAGAGAGAGAGAGAGCUCUGUCUGCAGCGAUGAUCUGUGACAAAGCUCAGGACAGUAUUACAACGGGCAGGUGCACACCUGCCAACAGUGUUACGUACAACUUAUUUUACUCAAAGAUCAAAGAUCAGCACUUUUGGACUCACUGAACCAGUCCUACUGUGUCAGAAAUGUCACUGGGACUCAGACUCUGAAGAAGAAGACAAUGACAUAUGUUAUAUUAUUAUUAUUAUUAUUAAUAUUAUUAUUAUUAUUAAGGAUGGAUUGUUUUAUGAGGACGACAGUGGACACAGAGUGGACACAGAUUUAAAUGUUGGUUGUAUGAAGUGCGCCCCCUGCAGGGCUGCUCUCUGUUGUUCUGACUCAAAGGAGCGGCUCAACUGGAACCAUCUGUGAGUUCUACAGCAGCAGCAUAGUGAUGAGAGCUAAGUUAGUCCUGGCCAAACCAAGUCCAGAAGAUGGACCUGAAGUGCCAACGACAAUGAAGGAAGGGUCAGAUUCUCCUAGAGGAGGUUGUAUUUACCUUUGUGGUGCCAACAGCGCGGCCCUCCUCCUCUGCAGCCCAAUGAAACAAACCAGUGACAAUUCAGCACAGUGAGACGUCGUGUAAUCGUGCCUAAACUCAUGCCUGACAAUGAAGGAUUUACAUGGUCUUUUAUAUUUUAAAAUCUUUUGAACAAACCCCAGUGCCUCGUUUUGUAUGUAAGCUUUUGGACUUGUUUUUUACCUCUGUGGUUGUGGUGCCUCAGGCCUGGUCCUGACGUCUGCUCAUGUGGCAAAAGCCUCUUUACCAAAGUGCAGUGUUGUGCUGCUGUGUGCGGACGGCGUGUGGACGACGUGUGUGCGCGAUUUAGUGACGUGGAAUGAAGCUUUGUUUUUACGAAGGUCUCCCUGGAGACUGAGUUUCCUCUGGCUGGUGUGCGCUGUACAGGUCUGCUGUUCAUAUUGUAAAGAGUUUCUGUGGCUUUAAUUCUUGUACACAUGUAAAAAUGUAACUACUGAACAAACAAUGCUUUUCAGAUGUGUGGCCAAUAAAUAUUUAAGGAAAAAUUA